AGAAAUCCUGUACUCUUUAGCUUUCAACCCGCCCCCACCAUGUGCCCCACCCCCACCCCAACUCACCCUCACCUCCCAGCCCUAAGUAACCACUAAACUAAACUACUUUCUGUCUGUAUAGAUUUACCUGUUCUGGACAUUUCAUAUAAAUGGAAUCAUGUAAUGUGUAGUCCUUUGGUGACUGGCUUCUCUCACUUAGCAUAAUGUUUUCAAGGUUUAUACAUGUUGUAGCAUGUAUCGGUAUUUUAAUCCUUUUAAUGGCUGAAUAAUAUUACAUUGUAGUGAUGUACCACAAUUUGUUUAUUCAUUUGUCAGUUGAAUGGAUAUUUGGGAUGUUUCUACCUUUGGGCUAUUAUGAAUAAUCCUGGUAUAAACAUUCAUGUACAAGUUUUUUGUGUGGAUGUGUUUUUCUCUCUCUUGAGCAUAUACCUAGGAGUGGAAUUGCUGGGUCAUAUGGUAACUCUAACCUUUUGAAGAACUGCAAAUCUGUUUUCUAAAGUGGCGGUACUAUUUUACAUUGCACCAGCAGUGUGUGAGGAUUCCAAUUUCUCCACGUCUGCACCACACUUUUUAUUAUCUAUUUGAUACUUAUCAUCCUAGUGGAUGUGAAGUGUAUCUUGUAAAUUCAUUUAUUUAUUUAUUUUUGGCUGCAUUGGAUCUUUGCUACACACAGGCUUUCUCUAGUUGUGGCGAGUGGGGACUACUCUUCAUUGCAGUGCACGGGCUUCUCGUUGCGGAGCAUUGGCUCUAGGCGCGUGAGCUUCAGUAGUUGUGGCACGUGGGCUCAGUAGUUGUGGCUUGCGGGCUCUAGAGUGCAGGCUCAGUAGUUGUGGCACACUGGCUUAGUUGCUCCGUGGCAUGUGAGAUCUUCCUGGACCAGAGAUCAAACCGGUGUCCCCUGCAUUGGGAGGUGGAUUCUUAACCAGUGUGCCAUCAGGGAAGUCCCAUUAAGUAGGUGGUGUAUUUUAAAAGAUAAAGUAAUCAUUUGGUUUUUGUUUUGUAAAUUAUAUUGUUUUGAUAGCUUCCUGGGGUCAAGUGUGUAUUUGGUAAAAGACAUAAUGAAUAGCUCUUCAGUGAUGGGGGAAUGAGAUUUCCCUCUCUUCAGCUGGAAUAACUUUUAUCUAGCCAUUGAAAAUAUAGUGUACAAGUUAGGUGAGAAGUAAGAGCUAGGGCUCGGUAUGAGGGUGGUCUGUAUUCCUCAAGGAGUGCUCAUGUUUUAACUAUAACUGCCAAGGGGAAAAGAGAAAAUAAGACAGAAAUAAGGGGAGAUUUUGUCUCUAGUGUCAAGUGUACUUUGAAUUAAUAGAUAACUUUUAGUGUUUUUGCUUCAAAACACUAAAAGAUAUCAUUAUAUAGAAUAUCAUAUACAUACCUUUCAACCUAUUCUGCUGUUAUUCUUUGUCUUAUUUUAUUAUGUUUUAUCUAUUUUAAGUUGAACUAUAAUUUACAUGCAAUAAAAUGUAUAGCUCUUAAAUGAUCAGUGAUGAUUUUUGUUAAAUGUAUAUACACGUGUACCUGUCACUCAGAACAAAUUCUUGUAUUUAUUUUUUUAAAAUUUGUAUUGGAGUAUAGUUGAUUUACAAUGUUGUGUUAGUUUCAGGUGUACAGCAAAGUGAAUCAGUUAUACAUAUACAUAUAUCCACUCUUUUUUAGAUUCUUUUCCCAUAUAGGUCAUUACAGAGUAUUGAGUAGAGUUCCCUGUGCUAUACAUUCAUUUAGCCCCUAAAGAAAUAACAGUGUCUAAGGGACAAGAAGAGGAGCCUGAUAGCCUAGUUAAAUAUUUCAGUGUUGUUUGGUGUAAGCCUUCAAAGAAAAAACACAAAAAGUGGGAAGGCGAUGCUAUUCUUAUUGUAAAAGGAAAGUCAUUCACAUUAAAGGAUUUGGAAGGCAAAGACAUUGGAAGAGGCAUUGGAUAUAAAUUCAAAGAGCUUGAAAAGAUUGAAGAGGGCCAAACAAUGACGAUUGGUGGAAAAGAAAUAGAAGUCAUGGGUAUAAUCUCUCCAGAUGAUUUCAACAGUGGCAGAUGUUUUCAGCUUGGAGGAGGAAGUUCUGCUGCCUUAUGUUCUUUUCAGGCUGUCAAGAAGUGUUUCUCUAACCCUUUCAAAAGUGUCUGUAAACUAAGUUCAAAGGAAAAUAGACAGAAAAGUUUCCAAAAUUGUAAACCACGCCAUGACCCAUAUGCACCAAAUUCACUUGUUAUGCCACGACCAGAUAAUAAUCACCAGCGGAUGUUCAGUAAGAACUGUUUUCCUGUUGUGGAUGUAGUGAUAGAUCCUCACCUUGUAUUUCACCUUCGACCACAUCAGAAAGAAGGGAUCAUAUUCCUUUAUGAAUGUGUGAUGGGAAUGAGGGUGAAUGGCAGAUGUGGAGCUAUUCUUGCUGAUGAAAUGGGUUUAGGGAAAACAUUGCAAUGUAUUUCGCUCAUCUGGACUCUACAGUGUCAGGGACCCUACGGUGGCAAGCCAGUAAUAAAGAAGACACUUAUUGUCUCACCUGGAAGCUUGGUGAAUAAUUGGAGGAAAGAAUUUCAAAAAUGGCUAGGAAUUGAAAGGAUCAAGAUAUUUACUGUUGAUCAGGACCACAAAGUAGAAGAAUUCACCAAAUCUCCAUUUUAUUCUGUUCUUAUCAUCAGUUAUGAAAUGUUACUUCGUUCCCUGGAUCAAAUUAAGAAUAUAAAAUUUGAUCUUCUAAUUUGUGAUGAAGGGCAUCGUUUGAAGAACAGUACCAUUAAGACAGCUACAGCCCUCAUUAGCCUCGCCUGUGAGAAAAGGAUAAUUCUAACUGGUACUCCAGUUCAGAAUGAUCUCCAAGAAUUUUUUGCAUUAAUUGAUUUUGUAAAUCCAGGAAUAUUAGGCUCUUUGCCGUCUUAUAGAAAAAUAUAUGAAGAACCCAUUAUUAAAUCGAGACAACCUUCUGCUUCUGAGGAAGAAAAGGAGUUAGGAGAGAGAAGAGCAGCUGAACUUACUUGCCUCACUGGGCUCUUUGUCCUUAGAAGAACCCAAGAAGUCAUAAAUAAAUAUCUCCCACCUAAGAUAGAGAAUGUAGUCUUUUGCCGACCAGGAGCCCUACAGAUUGAACUUUAUCGAAAACUGUUGAAUUCUCAGGCUGUCAGAUUCUGUCUUCAAGGAUUGUUGGAAAAUAGUUCUCAUCUAAUAUGUAUUGGAGCUCUUAAAAAACUGUGCAAUCACCCCUGCCUUUUGUUCAGCUCAGUAAAGGAAAAAGAAUGCAGCUCAACUUGGGAUGAGAAUGAAGAAAGGAAUCUAUAUGAAGGCUUGAUAAAUGUGUUUCCCGCUGAUUACAACCCACUCAUGUUUGCUGAGGAAGAGUCAGGAAAACUACAGGUGCUGUCAAAGCUCUUAGCUGUUAUCCACGAACUUUGUCCUGAUGAAAAGGUGGUGUUGGUAUCCAACUAUACACAAACCUUGAAUAUUUUACAAGAAGUAUGCAAGCGUCAUGGAUAUGCUUAUACAAGACUUGAUGGACAAACACAGAUCUCUCAAAGGCAACAAAUUGUUGAUGGCUUUAAUAGUAAAUACUCUUCUGAUUUCAUUUUUUUGUUAAGUUCAAAAGCUGGUGGUGUGGGACUUAACCUUAUUGGAGGAUCUCACUUAAUUCUCUAUGACAUUGAUUGGAAUCCAGCCACUGAUAUCCAGGCAAUGUCUAGAGUGUGGAGGGAUGGUCAGAAACAUCCUGUACAUAUUUACAGACUCCUAACCACAGGUACGAUAGAAGAAAAGAUCUAUCAAAGGCAGAUCAGUAAGCAAGGUCUUUCUGGGGCAGUUGUAGACCUAACCAAGACAUGUGAUCAUAUUCAGUUUUCAGUAGAAGAACUUAAAAAUUUGUUCACAUUACAUGAAAGUUCACAUUGUGUUACUCAUGACCUGCUUGAGUGUGAAUGUACAGGAGAAAAUCAUACAGGUGAUUCAUUGGAAAAAUUCCCUGUCUUUAGAAAUUGUCAGCUUGGUACACAUCAACAGAAGUCUGACUCCCUGAAACCUGUCUCCAUGUCACAGCUGAAGCAAUGGAAACAUUUUUCUGGAGAUCAUUUAAAUCUUACAGAUCCUUUUCUUGAAAGAAUAAGAGAAAAUGUGUCAUUCUUUUUUCAGAAUAUAACCAAUCAAACUACUGCUAUAUAACCCCCUUUAAAAAAUUAAUCUAGUAAGUAAAUGUAAUUUUGGAAAACAAAUAGAAUUAUUUUAAUUAUAAUAAUAUAUUUUAUUGCAAAAUGUAUUAUAGUUUUGAUCUAAUAAUCAAAACUGAGUUGUUUAAUUUUUUGUAUAUAUUCUUAAAUAUUGAAACAUUAAAGACAUACUUGUUUCAUCCUAUAAUUGUUUAUUAGUAAUUCCGUAAUUCAUGCAGUUUCAUUAAGUAAUUUCUAAGGAAUUUUCAUAAGGAAUAUUAAAAGGUAAAACGCCCUGUUUCUAUCUUUGGGGAAUCUAAACUGAUUAGGAAUAUUAGACAUAGAUGUGGGAGACAACUGAAAAAUUUGAUAAGUUUAAACUACAGCUCAAAGGAGAAAGAGAAUCAGAGACUAGAAUUGCUAAUGCUGAAGAUUCAGUUGGACAUGACAGUUGCUGCAGGGCGGUUUGGGUGAGAGUGGUCUGUGGGUUGUGGCAGGACGGGGAGGAGUACUGGACACUUCAAAGCACCGGUUUCUAAUCUGGGACUUCAGACUGUAAAGCCAUGUCCAGCAAGCAUUGUUUGUACUCUGGUUAAUUGUUCAGCUACCAUCGUGUCAAGGGGUUUCUGUAGUAAUUUUUGACGUUAAAUAGAAAGUUUUAAUGUACAAAGCAAGCUUUAGAAGACUGAAGUCUGCAAGGAGAAAGGAGUUACUCAUUUAAUCUCCAAUUGGGGUUUCUGCAAUCAGCUUUUGCUUCCUUUUAGGGAAAUUUCUUUUAGACUGAAUAUUGUCUUGAGGUGUUGAAUAAAGACUCAGUUGUGUAUCA